GUGGCUGCGACACCGUGGGAGCCGCGCGGUGGCGACCGCACUUUCGAGUUCGGCAGCGCGUAGAGAAUAACUGAGUGAACCAAGUUGCAUCGAAAGGCGAGCGAGAAAGGUGCCCAUAUGCGUCCCGUUCGGUGUGUCGCCAUCGGCCAUUGUCUCUGACAUGGAAGCCUAUCAAAAUGGCAGAGGUCGUGCAGAUGUUUUUGUUCCUAUAUAAAUCGAAGUACCGUCGGAAAGGGCAGUGCCGUGAAGUGGUACGGGAUCAGUGCAGUGUAAUUGCAGUGCGGUGGCCGAUACUGUGGGCGGCGCUGAUCUGCUGGGUGGUGCACGUAACCGCGGCUGCUUCCUCCUCCUCCUCUUCCUCGACGUCGUUGACGACGGAAACGACCUGCGACACAGACAACUGCGUCAACGGCGAUUGUGUCAAUGGCACCUGCGUCUGCCACGAAGGUUGGCAGGGCUCGGCGUGCCAAUUUUGCGGCGGAAAAGUCAGGUUGACGGAGCCGACGGGGCACAUACACGACGGGAUCGGCAACUACACGGCGUUUCUGAAGUGUACCUGGCUUAUAGAGAGCAACCCGAAUUCCACUAUACGUAUGCACGUGGAGCAAUUCGCGACAGAAUGCGGCUGGGAUCAAUUGUAUAUCUACGACGGUGACAGCGUCGAGGCGCCGUUAUUGGCCGUCUUCUCCGGUCUGAUGUACAAGGACGGACACAGAGCCCGACGAGUGCCGGAAGUGAUCGCGCGUUCUGGAAACGCGCUUCUUCACUUCUACUCGGACCUCGCGUACAACAUGAGCGGCUUCAAUAUUACUUACAAAAUAAACGCCUGUCCCAGCAGGUAUUCACACACCGACUGUUCCGGUCAUGGGGUUUGCAUUGAUGGGGUAUGCACAUGCGAUGCCACGUGGACUGGUGAGGCCUGCGACAUUCAAGUUUGCCCGAAUAAUUGUUCUCAUAGUUAUGGGCAGGGCCAGUGCAAUCGCGAGAGUCAUCAUUGCGACUGUAAACCCGGUUUCAAGGGUUCCGACUGCAGCCAAAGAAGCGAUCGCGGCUACUGGGAAAGUAUAUCGUACACGGAUUUCUCACCUGAAGGCACGGCUAGUCACUGCGCCAUCGUUUGGAAAGACUCUUUAUACGUGGUCGGCGGUGAGAGUUUCAACCACGCUAAGAUGAUCUACGUGUACGAUCUCAAUGGGAACGUCUGGGAGACACCUCACGUGGAGGGUAAGGUGCCUCUGCCGCGGUACGCUCACACGUGCGUCCUUUUCGGCGACAAGAUUUUCAUGUACGGAGGUCUCCUCCCUAAUUCGACGGCGACCAACGAGAUCUGGGCGUUCGAUGUCUCGGCAAAAGUCUGGGAAAACGUGACCGUGCACGACAAAUUCCACAACAACAAAACUAUGCACGGUCCCUUAAAGGUAGCCGGACACACUGCAACCUUGGUGCAGAAUUACGAGAAAAAAGAGAAGAUGGUUGUAAUAUUUGGUUACUCGCCGCAGUACGGCUACCUGAACGUGGUUCAAGAAUAUUCUCUGGGUACUCGCGAGUGGCAGAUCGUGGAUACAAUCGGUUUCCCGGUAAAAGGCGGAUACGGACAUACUUCCGCUUACGAUCCGUUGACGAGUCUGAUUUACGUUUACGGAGGAUACAUUUCCGAGUCGCAGAGCUCCCAAGUGUUUACCAAUAGACUCUACUCGUACCAUCCUAACAAUCACGAGUGGAGAUUGCUAACGUCCGCCCCAGUCGCUGGUUUCUUCCACACAGCCGUGUUCGUUUCUAGCGGUAUGAUGAUUGUUUUUGGUGGUAAUAUGCACAAUAAUACGCAGCAUUCCGACGAGGUCAGAUGUCACUCGGACAUGUUCGCGUACGACGUCACUUGCGACUCGUGGCACCAGUUUCCUAUGCCCAAAGAGGUGAUCGAGCUGCCCAGGUACGGGCACAGCGCUACUGUGUUCGAAAAGUCAAUGUACAUAUACGGGGGUUUUAAUGGACAAAUGUUAUCUGACAUGUUCAGGUUCACGCCAGGGAAUUGCGAACAUUUGACGAACCACAGUCUGUGUUUGAACUCGAGGACAGGUGUUAAGUGCGUGUGGAACAAACGCGAGAAUCGGUGUGUACAGAUCACCAAGAUAUCUCAGCACGUGUUACAGAACGACGAUAUGCACGACGGUAAUUACAUGAGAUGCUUGGACGAAACUCCGCCGCGCGGAAUGACGUCUCACAAAGAAUUGUGCAAGUUGCUUAUGGACUGCGUGGCGUGUGUGCAAACGUCGUACAAUUGCGUGUGGUGCGGCAAGAGUUGCGCGCACGAGAUCUGCCGAGACAACGUCAAUUCGCCGCCGACCAAGGCUGUCAAGAUGCUGGGCCAAUGCGAUGCACACACAGGCAUCGAGUGUCUGCAGUUGCACACGUGUCACGCAUGCACCAGCAACCCGUACUGCAUGUGGUCCUGGUCGAACGGACCCGAUCGGUGCAAACCUCAUUCGAAAGUUCGCGAUCAACAGAUGACAAUUCUGAACGGAACUAUCCAAGCGCAGAGGCUGACCAUAGAACGAGACUGUCGCACUCCCUGUGUGGAUUACACUUCUUGUAAAAAUUGCACGGUGUCUGAGUGCAUAUGGUGUCAGGACGAGAAGAAGUGCGUGGACAAAAAUGUGUAUCCUGUGAGCUUUCCUUAUGGACAGUGUCGUGAAUGGACUUCCACGGACGCGAAAUGUCGGCCCACGGAAACGGGGAAAGAAUGGUGUACGUUUUAUUUGUCUUGCGCGGCCUGUCGUUCGGAUCCUGGUUGUGGAUGGUGCGACGAUGGUUCUGGGACUGGAAAAGGGUUGUGUUUGUCAGGAGGAGCCCGCGGUCCGAGCAGUAAAAGCACGGACACUUGCCCGUAUGAACGAUGGUACUUUACCAAAUGUCCCACUUGCCAGUGUAAUGGCCACAGCAAAUGUCUUUCGAACAGCAGUAUAUGUAUUCAGCCUUGUGGUAAUUUGACUUACGGACCUCAUUGCGAUAAAUGUAUACCUGGAUAUUAUGGAAGUCCCUUGAACGGAGCCACUUGCCAACCCUGCUUUUGCAAUAACCAAGGCACGCAGUGCACCAGCGAAACGGGUAAAUGUUUUUGUACAACGAAAGGUAUUAUCGGCGAUCAUUGUGAACGAUGCGACGUGUCCAGCAUGUACCAUGGAGAUCCGACGAAUAAGGGAUCGUGUUUUUAUGAUUUGGCGAUCGACUAUCAGUUUACGUUCAAUUUAAGUAAGAAAGAGGACCGACAGUACAGAGCAAUUAAUUUCAAGAAUUCCCCACCGAAACCUGAUAUCGACGCCGAGUUUUCGAUUACUUGUUCCGUUUUAUCAAAAAUGAAUAUCACUGCAAAGAGGGGCAACGCGCCGGAGGUACCGCUUAUUCUGGGCGCGAAUUGCACGACCACCAUGUACAAGCACCGUUUCAUAAAAGACGGUUACGGUUUCGGUAGCGAGAACAACAACACGUUGACCACGUUCUACGUUUAUGUGUACGACUUUCAACCGCCGGUGUGGAUUCAGAUAUCGUUCUCUCAAUAUUCCAAACUCAACCUGCAGCAAUUCUUUAUAACAUUUUGCACAGAUUACAUGCCUAGGUGCUUCCUCGCUCUGCUGCUGGUGGCUGCUAUCCUGUGGAAGAUCAAACAGAAGUACGAUAUGUACAGAAGGCGGCAGAGAUUGUUCGUAGAAAUGGAACAGAUGGCCAGUAGAGCGUUCAGCCAGGUUUUGGUGGAGAUCGAGAGGCGGGAUGUUGAGAAUUCCGAUUCGGAGCGGAACGAGUCUGAGCCAACGAAUUGCCGCAAGAAGAAGAAGGAUGCCCCUAGUCCGAUCGCGCUGGAGCCCUGUUGCGGUAACAGAGCAGCGGUCCUAUCGUUGCUAGUCAGACUACCUACCGGCGGUGAACCGUACACGCCGGCCGGUAUGAGCGCCGGCUUGGCUGUAGCGUCUGCUUUAGUUACAUUGGGUAGCCCGCGAAGGCCGUCUCAGGAAUUGACUACGAAGGAGCCGACGAAGACACGUAAAUCUGCCAGUCAACAUCCCGACUCCACAUGCAUUUAGCGAUAAGAACGACAAAAAACAGCGGACAAAGUUAAAGGGAAAGAAAGACACAUUUAAACGCCGGUGGGUGACUAUAUAUGAGCCUUAGACAUAUUUCUGUGAUCUUGCCUUAGCGAAACGGGGCAGGACUUGUUCAAACGGUUGAUAACUCUUCGAACUCUUACCGAGUGAAGUGUGUGAUUUUUUAUCAUUUCAAUUUCAAAUUUUUUUCAAUGUUUGACUUCCGGACGAGCGUAUCUUCCCUGAGAAUUUCUCAUUCGUUAUACUCAACGAGUUAGCUAAGUGGUUCGAAGAUUUCGGAUUAUUAUGCUGCAUUCUGCCGAUUUUCGUGGUAAGUAACAUUAAAGUUUGCCGGUAAUUUUCGGUUGGUUGACUGUCAAUCUUAUUAUUCUCCGAUUUCUUUCGUUCACACGUGACAAUGUACAGUGUUGUAUAUAGAUCUGUUAGACGGUAUAAUAUUUUCGUUUAUCUGUCACGAUUUUAAUGAAAUCGAAUUCGUCCUACAAUCGGCGAAGAAUUUUUGAAGCAGCGGCACUGUAAACGAGCGUUCUUUUUCUCCUCGUUUGAUUUUUCGCGCGCCAUUCGAGUUCUCGUACAGCGCCGAGUGCGCCGACGUUUGCGCAAAUUUCGACCAGCGGUCGUUAAACAAUGGCGGGAUACGGAGUAAAGUGUGUGUGCCGGAAAAUUAGAUUUGCCAGUCGCAGUACGAACGUAACAUUCAUUCUUCGUUUUGUAAAGUUUUUGUAAAUAUGUGUGUGACUGUAUAAUCCGAAGAAAUUGCAUAACGCAGGAAGAAAUCUGUACAGAUGUGAAUCAGUUCGAAGGAAAGAGAGUCGAGAGACUGAGAGCGAGUGACAAAGGACUAAUAUCGUUUUGAUUGUGCAUUCGUUCAUCGUAAGUUGUAAACGUUUAAUUCUAAAUUUACGGAAAUGAAUAGAGACGCGUCGAUUUUUCCGAUCGUGUCAUCCUCAUGUGAUCUUCGUAUUUGAUAUAUACAUAUCUUGUGCCAAACGACUUUUCAUCAUUGCUGAAAGAAAUGAAUUCAGAGCAUCGUCAUCGAGUAUUUGUCUACGAAUCUGUCCGAAAACGACUAUGUAUUUACAAAACGAUGAAACAUAGAUGUAAAUUUUUUCUUCGUUGUCUCGUCUCUAUCCAUUUCCAUAAGAGAAGUUGUGCUACAUGCUCGAAAGUUACCAGUCAACUAACAAAACAUUUCGAUUGAGGAUUUCUUUUCUAAUGUAAUGGCGUACUUUCGUCCGCGUAGCGCAUCGACGUAAUUUUACUGUAUUAAUGAAGUUAGAGGAAAAAAAUAAGUAUGUGGACGUUGCAAUAAGUUACGGAUCGCGAUAAUUCUUAUUUGAUUUUCGUUUCGUUGAAAGAACAGCGGUGCUGGUUAUUUCAUGUACCACGCAAAAUUUCAUAUAUCGAAUCGAAUUGAAAUGAGAAAGAAAAGACAAACGGACGUAUACAUUUUAAACGUGGCUGUGGUUAAUUUUUCACUUGCGUUGUUGCUCAUUUAUGCGUUGUUUGCAUAACCGAUAAACGACACGGCUGCUUCCUUUGCGAAAUUUAACAUUGAUCUCACUUUUUUUUUACUUACCCGAGUUACGAAAACAGCUCUGAUCAUGAAAUAUGUAUCGUAAUAAUGUGUUCCACGAAACGAGGCAAGAAACCUUCCCACGUUACGCAGCUCAAAAAAGAUUUUUAAAGUUCAAACCUCCAGCACUUAGCAUACAAACAGAAUUUCCCGUAUGAAACGAGGAUUACCUAUUUCAAUUUUGCAAACGACUGUCGUUUUUAGUGCGCGCGAAGAACCGUCUGUCACGCUGCUCAAAAUAAUUAGACGAUCUUCUGCUCGUCAAAUGAACUAAGCGUCCCAAAUAAAGGAAAACCCAUUUUGUAUGUUCUCUAUCAAUUUUCUUUUUUAUUUAUGUACAAUACGACCAGCUCUUCCAAUUUAUUAUGUCCCACAUUCGAGCAGACAGUCUUGUAAUUAUUUUGAUGAUCAGCGUAAAACUCACCGAAGGCAUCGCCGUAGUUUUUAAAUUUUCGUUCGAAAAAGAAAAACGUGAGCGACGUAGGGGUCUUUCCUUUUUCUCUCUCUGUUUUUUAAUCAUUGUGUACAGCACGGAUCGAGUGCAAUGCAUUUUGUUUUUACCAUGUAAUACUCAUCGAGUUUCUUCAAUUCUAUUUUUUGUGAGGGUGCAACCGGCGCGUCAGUUAGCCACAAAGUUACCGUAAGGCAUCACGAUCCACCUAAGAAGAACGAAAGAGUUAUUUAUUCUUGUCCUUUAAUCGCGUCCUGGUUGCAUCCGCUUAGAACGUAGUGUACAUUUUAUUACCGUAAAAAUAAUUUAAUUUUUUAUACAGCUGUUUUAUUUUUAUUUGUUUUUUUUUUUUCUUCUUAACUGAACGACAGGUUUAUUGUCCUGUUACCUUCUUUCUUCUUAAACGCGAAUUUUUAUUGUCCUUCGGGCGAGAAUUUAUAAUUACGUGUACAUAUUGAAUCGAGUAUAAAUGUUAUGUUGUAUUUAAUAACGAAGAAUAGGCGUACAUUGGAUAAAUUGCUCAACUCUUGAGUAGGCAUUCACUUUUCCAUCGCUUUCAAAGAUUAUUUUAUAAGUCUUUAUGCAGGUAUUUUUCUUCCGAGAAUGAUUUUUGUCCAAAUAGUUGGGUUCAGUCGUACAGGGAAAGCAUUUAAUGCAACUGAAAGCGAUUUUUUAAGAACAUUAUUGGAGGACGAUGUUCAGUUUUCGAUUACCGGUAUUCCUCGUCCUUUCUUCUCCUCUCUUUUUAUCUGUUGCAUUUCUCGAGUCUUGAUACUGCCAACUUUUAUCGGUCCCUACCUGAUUUCCAUAAUCUAUCUGUCUUCGAGUGUAGACGAUUAGCAGAUCCACUUGAUCGUUUGAAACCCCUUGCUGCUUGCAUUUUAGCGUUUUAACGAAUCUCAGUGGUUGAAAGUUUCAUAGGUACUUGGCAUCAGCUCCCGAGCACCCACCAAACUUUCCAACUUUGUUUCAUAAUGUUUCAUUACAACGUUUGGGUCUACGGUUGGCACCAAAUUACUUGGCAGACCUCUUAUCUUGAAAUUCUCUCUCUUCGCAGUCUGAGAGAAUCUUAACACUUUCACGGCUGUCUCUCCGGUUCUCUUUAAAAAACUUUCCUCAUUUCGAGGUGAAACGAGCUUUUAGCAUUAAAAUAAAAUAAACGGAACAACGACUUUCUUUACAAGUUCCUCAAAAUUGGGACGAUUUUUUAAAGAAACCGCGGAAGAAGCUGGAUAAGGAAAGUUGAACGUACAGCACAAAUCAUACUUUGUACUUUUGAUUUUUAAAUCAUUAGUUAUGAAAAAUGUUCGAAUGCAGAGGAUGAGGAAGUUAGUAUUAAAAAUUGGAGUUCGUAGAAUAUCUCCAAGCAGCACGGGGUUAAUUGGACCCUAAACCAGAAUGGAAUCGCACACCAUUGUUGUUCAUACACGAGUCGCGUAUGUUGGGAUCACAUGAUGAAAUCCAUCGAUCCUCUACCUGCGAUUGACCCAUGCUCCUUUAAUUCGUCCAAGGAAUUAAGAAAGAACUGUAGACAAAA